UAAUCGGUGCGGAAUCCUAUGGGGGAAGGCUUGUAUUGUUCGCAUUUUCCAGGUUUUGGUUCAGGACCUUGAGAAGGAGGCUGUGGAACUAGUGAUAGCGAUGCUUUUUAGGGUAAAUGUAUGUAGGUAUUGGGGGAAAGGGAGGGAUCAAUCAAGAAGGAAUGAAAGUGGUUUAAAACUCAUUUCAGUUUUUGCUGCACGUAUAGAGUUCAACUUGAGUUACUGAUAUACAGCUUGUAAAGCUUCUCCAGUCUAAAAAUGUCUGAAAGCUAAAUUUGGAUUAACUCUUGAUGCAAACAGUAAAAUUAAAAAUGCAGUUUGUAACCUUAUUUCAUAAUUUUACUUUCAAGGCUUUUUUUUUUUUUUUUAAAGCCAUCCAGAUUUUUUAAAAUUGUAUUGCUUUUAAUUAGAGCUGAAAGAGCUCAGUUAACAUUUGCUGUUAGUGACCAGUAUGUGGAGUCUGAUUUAACUUUCCAGAAUUGACUUACUGGAUUGUAUUCACAAAUCACAAUCCUAAAUGAUGAAUGUUAAAUGAUGCACUAUGUUUUUGUUUAAAUGAAGUUUCCUAAAAAUAUUUAAUUUCAGAAUUAAGGGGAAAUCAAUGUUGCUAUCAUAAGGCAUCGUAAGAUAUGUAUUUAAAGAGCUGAAGGCAGAUUAGUUCUUAAUGAAGCAGAAAGAACAUAGACCUGGAAUUUGGAAGACCUGGCUUCUAGCUGCUACCGACCAACUCUAUGACUCUGGGGAAGUGGGCCUCAGUUCUUUUUUCUAUAACAUGAGGAGAUUGGACUGUUUGAGUUCAGAACUCAGAGAGUUGGAAGGGAUCCUAAAGCCCUCUAAGAAAAAGUUUGGGAAUGUUCUCCAUUGCUGUCACUUUUCCUCCAAAAAUAACCUGGCUUGGAAGUUGUUGGUCCAGAGGGAACUUGACUCCCCAUAGAAAUUGGAGAAAAGGCAAUGCAAGUAGAGAGGAACAGCUGUAUUUCUGCUUGAGUAGUAAACCCACUCCCAGAUUCUGGUACAAGUUUUGGAGACAUAAAGAGAAUGAGUAUAUGUACCUUAAAUGUGCCAGUUUCCUCGCUCUCUCCUGGCAGAAGAUGCAGCACUUUGACCGGUACUGGGAUUCUGGGAUGUGUUCCUACUAAUUCUAAUACUGAUGAAGAAGAUGUGGUAGAGGCAAAGAUGGUGGCUGAAGGAGUAGAUAAAGAAGCAAAAUUGCCUGCUAGAAAGAAAAGAAAGAAGGGUUUGCGAAUUAAAGGAAAAAGGCGCCGAAAAAAAUUGCUCCUUGCCAAAAAGUUCAGUAAGGAUUUGGUAGCUGGGAGGCCCAUUGCAGAUGCCCCUGCUUUGUUAGCUUCCAGUGCCACUGAGCAGGAUGAAGAAAAUCUUUUUGAGAGUAAUAUAGAAAAACAGAUCUACCUACCUAGUACCAGAGCCAAGACUUCCAUUGUGUGGCACUUCUUUCACGUUGACCCCCAGUACACCUGGCGAGCAAUUUGUAAUCUCUGUGAAAAAAGCGUCAGCAGAGGUAAACCUGGCAGCCAUCUUGGUACGUCUACUCUUCAGCGACAUUUGCAGGCAAGGCAUUCACCUCACUGGACCAGGGCCAACAAGUUUGGAGUCACUAGUGGGGAGGAGGAUUUUACCUUGGAUGUGCCUUUAUCUCCCUCUUCUCCUGGAAGCAAUGGAAGUUUUGAAUAUAUCCCUACUGAUCCUUUAGAUGGUAAUAGAAUGGGCAAGAAACUACAUAAAUCAGCAUCUUAUGCCCUGAGGGCAGAAAGAGGGAGAUUUCUCAUCAAAAGUAACAUUGUCAAACAUGCCUUAAUUCCUGGAACAAGAGCCAAGACAUCUGCAGUUUGGAAUUUUUUUUACACUGAUCCUCAGCACAUCUCAAGAGCUGUGUGUAAUAUAUGUAAAAGAAGUGUGAGCCGGGGUAGGCCAGGAUCCCACUUAGGAACUUCAACACUUCAACGACACCUACAGGCCACGCAUCCCAUCCAUUGGGCUGUUGCCAACAAAGAUAAUGGUGCUGUUGGAAAUGGAUUAGAUGAGGCCGAGACUGAGAGAAAUGAUGUCUUGAGCGAUCCUCUGCGUGGAGAGAAGUCUACAGGUAGCCAAGAUUUAACAGCUGAGGAUCUCAGUGACUCUGAUUCAGAUGAACCUCCUGUGUUAGAAGUUGAAAAUAGAAGAUCUGAGAGUCCCGCUCCUAUUGCAGAGCAAGACAGUGUGAUGAAUGCACAGGAAGGAGAAAGAACAUAUUGUGAAAAUUCAGUCUCAAGUCAAAUUAGUCAAGCAAUUAUUCAGAUGAUUGUAGAGGAUAUGCAUCCUUACAACUACUUCGCAACCCCAGCCUUUCAGAGAUUCAUGCAGAUUGUGGCCCCUAACUAUAGGUUGCCGUCAGAGACUUACUUUUUCACUAAGGCUGUACCUCAGUUAUAUGAUUGGGUCAGAGAAAAAAUUUUCUUAACUUUGGAGAAUGUACAAAGCCAAAAGAUCCAUCUGACUGUUGACAUAUGGACCAAUGACCCAUUCACCAACUAUUUCAUUGUGACUGUACACUGGGUCUCUUUGGAAACUGUACCUUCUAAUAAUGGCAGGAUCCCAAAUUUUAGAAAAUGGGCAGUGCUUUGUGUAACAGGUUUGGCCAAAGACUGUUUGAUAACCAACAUUUUACAAGAAUUAAACGACCAGAUUGGUCUGUGGCUUUCUCCAAAUUUUCUUAUCCCUAGCUUCAUUGUUUCUGACAAUUCCUCUAGCGUGGUACAUGCAAUCAAAGAUGGCGGUUUUACCCAUGUGCCAUGCUUUCUGCAUUGUUUAAAUAUAGUCAUUCAAGACUUUUUCUGUGAGCACAAAAGCAUUGAGAAUAUGUUAGUGGCUGCUAGAAAAACCUGUCAUCAUUUUAGUCAUUCGGUCAAGGCUCGUCAGAUACUGCAAGAGUUCCAAAAUGAUCGCCAACUUCCAUGGAAGAAUUUGAAGCAGGAUGAAACUGGCCAUUGGAUUUCUACAUUUUAUAUGUUAAGAUGGCUCUUAGAGCAUUGCUACUCAGUUCACCAUAGUCUUGGCAGAGCCAGUGGAGUUGUGCUCACGUCCCUUCAGUGGACUCUAAUGACUCACGUUUGUGAUAUUCUUAAGCCAUUUGAGGAGACCACCCAGAAAGUGAGUGUGAAAACCACAGGAUUGAAUCAGGUGCUACCCCUAAUACGUCAUCUACUCCUUUCCCUGCAGAAACUUAGAGAAGAUUUUCAAGUCAGAGGUAUUACUCAGGCCCUCAAUCUGGUGGACAGUUUAUCUCUGAAACUUGAAACUGACAGCCUUCUAAGUGCCAUGCUCAAAUCCAAGCCCUGUAUCUUGGCUACUUUGUUAGAUCCUUGCUUUAAAAACAGUUUGGAAGACUUUUUUCCUCAAGGUGCUGAUUUAGAAACUUAUAAGCAGAUUCUUGCAGAAGAGGUUUGUAAUUAUAUGGAAUCUUCACCAGAGGUCUGCCGUGUUGCAACUUCAGAAGCUGCUGGUCCCUCAGCUACAGGAGGAGCUGAUUCAUUUACCUCAUCUAUAAAAGAAGGCACCUCCAGUUCAGGCCCCAUUGAUAGCUCAGCUGCAGAUAAUAUUGCCAUUGGAAGCAAAAGCUUCAUGUUUCCUUCUGCUAUAGCAGUAGUGGAUGAAUACUUCAAAGAGAAGUAUUCAGAAAUCUCAGGAGGUGAUGACCCUUUGAUUUACUGGCAGAGGAAGGUGAGCAUAUGGCCAGCUUUGACCCAAGUUGCCAUUCAGUAUCUAAGCUGCCCCAUGUGUAGUUGGCAGUCUGAGUGUAUCUUUACUACAAAUAGCCACUUUCAUCCAAAGCAGAUCAUGAGCCUGGACUUUGACAAUAUAGAACAGCUGAUGUUCUUGAAAAUGAACUUGAAAAAUGUUAACUAUGAUUAUUCUACGUUGGUUCUGAGUUGGGAUCCUGAGAAUGAAGUUGUUCAAAGCAGUGAAAAAGAAAUAUUAUCUUGAUUUCUUUUUCCUUUCUCCAUUUAAAAUGAGCAACUUUUUGCUAUAUUACUGUAUCCUAAUUGCUAUAAUUGUUACAUGUAGUCCUACUAAUUACUUAAUCUAUAAAAACAAAUCUGGGGAAACAUUAAAAAAGGCAGAAAAUUCCUCAGAGGCAAUAUAAUUUUGCUAAAAUGAAGAUUACAGAUUUCACAGUAGUAAUUUGAUGUAGCAAGCACUUGAAAUUUUGUUUCUAUCAAUUGAGAGAGAAGAAAUUUUUUUUUUAACUGAAAAAAAAAAAAAUAGUGCAGCAUUGAAAGGCUUUAGGCUAUUUCUGGCUGGUAGAUUUAACUAGUAAUUGGUUUUAAGUAAAACUUUUCCCCAGUAUGGGAAGUGUGAUUUCUCUAAACUAAUGGAAUGAGAAUAAAGCAUACUAAGGUGGUCUUCCUUACCCUCGCCCCCAUUUUUUUUAUUUCUUUAAAAACCCUGAUGCUUACCUACAACUUGGCAAAAACAAAACCCAUAAAAUUGUUUUAUAUUUGGAAAUUUCUAAAUGCCUCCUCAUACUGGUCAGCUUUAUAAUUUCAACUUACUGUGAUAGAGUUUACCCAUUAUAUUUAGGAUUGGAGCUGUAUGAAAUUUGGGAAUUUUAGAAAAUAAUUAAGCAAUUUACUUUUAUUCUUCGAAUUGCUUUUUUUUAACCUUUAUGUAAUAGUGUAAAAACAAUAAAAUUGUAUAGGUACAGCUGCAUAAUUUAAGGGUAAAUGACAUAGUAAAAAGGUUAUGAAAGAUGGAAAAGAUUGAAUGGGAAUUGGAAUGAAAGCCCCAUGACUGUACUUUGACGAACCCGGUAUGCAUUUCCCAGAGAAUAUUUCCCUAAUUUCAAAUGAUUUAAAGUGUCUUUUCUUUCUCUUUUCUUUUUUUUUUAAUAUACUGAGUGACCCAUAAUACUGUAUUCUUAACUAUCUAUGAGAGUGUUUUGGCCACUGUAUUCUUAACUAAAAAUAAGCAGUCAAUAUUUUCAUGUGUUAGGAGUCAUUGUCUCACUGGUAAAAGAAGGAAAUUGAUCUCAAUGACCUUUAAGGUCUCUUUCCACUCUGUUUCAGUGAGUGAGUGAGAAGCCAGAAAGUGAUGACCUUUUAGUAAAAGUCUAUUAGAAGUUUCAGACUGAAUAACUAAUGUAAGAUCCCAAUUUUUCCUUUUUUUCAUUUUAGAUUUGGGGAUAUUCCCUGCCCAAAAAAUUCCUGGAAAAUUGACUAGUAUUAAGUGUGAGUAAAAGGUGUCCACUUUUUUUUAAGUUUUGAUUUUAGUUUUGUCUUGGAUAGUAUUUGGCAAGAUUUAGCCUAGAAAUUAUGUAGUAUUUAUUACAUGAGAAUCAAAAUUGCUUUGUUACUGGGCUGGUUUCAAAAUUUAGAACUCAUUUCUGUGUAUCAAAAUAGGUUUUUUUUUUUUGUUUUUUUUUUUUUAAUUUUAAAAUGGUAAACGUACCAUUGUAAAGUGAAAUUUCAGCUCCUUUGCUAAUUGGAGUAAAUGGAUGAUUACAACGUUGUAGCCAUUAGCAAUAAAAAGUUUGGAACUAGGCUGCAUAAGCAAGCCUUUGUAGGGCCAAUGUUGAAUGUCAUGUCAGUGACAUUGGUGUUCAUAUAAAAGAAGACAAAAUAUUCCCUUAGAUAAAAAUUUUCUGUGUUUGACAGUGCCAGUUCAGGAUGGCUAUAAUGCUGCUCUGCCUUUUACAACUUGCUGCACCGCUCUGUAGUUACUCUGUAACUGUACGUUUCUAUCUUUUUUGGUUAAACACUCCCUGAGAAUGAUGAUGAUAUACAUACAUCCGUAUUAUACACAUUCACAUGUGUGUAAGGAUUUCCCUUCAUCUUUGUUUUAUGGGCUGGGCAAAUUUAGUGUAACAUUAAUUUUGUGAUACUUUGAUAUAAGAGUAAGUUCACUAUUUUUAUAAUGAACUCAAAUCUAAAGUCUUUUAUAGUGUAUUUUAAAAGGGAAAACUUACCUAAAUGUUUUAUUUCUACACGUGUAUGUAUAUGUGUGUGUGUGUGUGUGUGUGUGUAUAAGCCAGUUAGUAUCUAUGUACAUUUAUAUACAUAAAACACUUUAUAUUUUUACAUAUAAGUAUGCUUUUAUUAUACAGAUAAUAAAGAUGGGGGAAGGUUUCUGUUUUUUUCUUAAUAGGUGAAGAAAUCUUGAAGACCAGAAAUUGGAUCUUAUUGAAUUUUGGUGUUUUUUUUAACUUUUUCUUUUAUUCUUUUCUUUUUAAAUUACAUUGUU